AUGCUGUUCCCGCAGUAUCAAUAUACCAAAUGGGCCAAGACGUACGGGCGGGUGUAUACCGUCAUGCUAGGCGAUACGGCCCAUGUGGUCGUGAGCGGUCUCCAGGAGGUCCGCGACAUUUUCAUCAAACAGGGCGCCAACUCCCAGGCCCGCCCGCCGUCUCGCUUUCAGUUGCUCAUGCGCGAUGGCUACUUUCCCGGGCUGAUGAACGGGGAAAAGUGGCGCCACGCGCGGAAAAUGUGGCAGACGGUCCUCAACGGCAGCGCCGCCAAGCAGUAUCUGCCGUAUCAGGAGCUGGAGACUCGGCAACUGCUAUUCGAUCUCCUCCAGGCGCCGAACGAAUGGCGAGAUCACAUCGAGCGGUACAGUAAUAGUGUGGCCAUGACCAUGGUGAACAGCCGGCGAAUCGUCAGCUCAGCGGAUGCCCGGGUCAAGGAGACCAUCCAGGAUCUAUACGAUUUGUCCGAGACCGGGGUCCGCGGUGCGUUUCUGGACUCUUGGCCAUUCCUGUGGAAGAUUCCCCAGUGGUUCUUUCCUGUAUGUAAACGGGCGCGCGAAAUUGCCGCCAAGCAUCGCGAUCUUAUAUGGCGCAACUACUCGGAUGUCCAGGAUCGCACGGUCAAGGGCGCUGCCCUUCCCUCUUUCAACCACGCAAUUCAGGAGAAAUUGAAGCAAGGGUGGCCCGGAGUAUCGGAAAUUGAAGGCGCGGAAAUCGGCCAUCAUCUGCUGACAGGAACCACCGAUACGACUGCGUCCAGUCUAAUCAACUGGGUUGCUGCGAUGUGUCUCAACCCAGAGGCGCAAAAGAAAGCUCAGGAAGGUAAUAUUUCCUCUGCAUUGUACACAGUGUUGCAACGGACCAUUACUCAAAUCGUCCAGAGAUCGACAGGGUUGUUGGUCCUGAUCGUCUGCCCACGGACGAUGACGCAGCGAGGUUGCCAUACACCCGACAGGUCAUCCAAGAGUAAGUCCCGAUCUCUCCAAAAGCAUGAUUACCUGAUGACGUCGAGAACUUCUUACAAGGAUGACCUGCGGCCGGGAUUUAUUGUUUGCCUAAACCCAUUCUCGGCACAUAUUGCACCUCGAAGCCCAAAGCAUGCCCAGCUGAUUCGGAAGACAUGGAUGGAGGAACUGGAAGUGUCCCUCGACCAGAACCAGCAGUGGAAGGCAACCCCUGAGGGUAUUGCCAGAUUGAUCGACAGGGCAGGAAAAUGA